AUGUUGCAUUUACCGAACGAACUUUUCCCAGCUAUUGCUGCGGAGCUGGAGUUUGAGAGAGAUAUCAACGCACUAGCUCGAACUAACUGGCGAUUUUUUUCUUGCCUUAACCACCUUCUAUAUCUUCGGAAUAUCCAGUAUUCUAAUAACUCAGCACUUAAAUGGUCUGCUAUCUGUGGCCAAGAACGAACAGCUAAGAAAGCGCUUGACUACGGUGCGUUGUGGUAG